AUGUCUGGGAUCAACAACGAAACGUCUCCCAAUGCUAUGAAGUCCUGGCAAGUACGGGCUUUAGAGAAAGGCAGAACACCCUUACCAGAGAGCCCUGGUUGUCGACCAUGGCUGGAAACCAGUUCGACCCAGGAUGUGUCCGAGCCUGGACAGCAAGCCCUGGUGACUACAAGAUCAUUCUCUGCUUCACUUCCGUCAACUCCCAGGGCAGCCCUCUCCAUACCGGAGGCUGAGACGAACAGCUACCCGGGCUACAAGUUUUGGAACCAAGACGAAAUGAAGCGGCUCAUCGAGCUGAAGAGAGGGGGGAAUUCAUGGAGAGAUAUCAGCUAUCACUUCCCUGGAUGA